AUGGCCCCAAUCUUCUGCUGCACCCAAAUCAGCCCAUUCAGACCAACAAGAACAGAUCAUGAUGCCAAAUUCCAAACCUUGCUCACCUGGGCCAAAGAGGCAGAUACCACAACCGAACCUGACGCUGAUGUCCUUGAUCUUCUCGAAAACCAAUCAGCAUUCGUGAUUCAGAUUGUUCGACAAGUCAACUAUGGCCCCUUGGAAUUCAAACGAUACUUCACGCCCUCCAAGGACGGAUCUGGUUUUGUAGAGCUCACCGAGAAAGCGUUGAUUGACGCAAACUUCCAAAAGUUGAACUCUUAUAAGAACUAUCGCUGCUCCUCGCACGACAAAUUCUUCGAAUUCAACCUCUACCAAAAGGAUCCAGUUAAUAAGCACCAUUGGCGUGCCAACAUCGCGCGUCCAGCUACCGAGAUUGAUCUAUGA